AAUAUUAAAUAAAUAAAAAUUAACAAAAGUAAAAAAGCUGUUGUUCUGUCGCCAAGGCUCCGGCGCGCGCGAUGACAACACGGUGACCCGGAAGUGAUUCUCCUCCGCCACUCACAUGUGUACGGGCACUUUAACACUGACGGGAACGUGCUCGGUGAUGUUGUUGUCAUCCAUCCAUCCCGGACUGAUCUGAUUUGAUCUGAUCCGAUCCAGUGAUGAGCCUUCUGAUUUCCGGUUACACUGAAUCCAUAAUCCGGUAAAAACUCUAUACAAGUAGAAAAAAAAUCUGUGCACGUGUCCCUGAGACCUGGGAUCGAGGCUGCUGUUCCUCCGUACACGCGCGGCUGGAUGACGGCAUGGAGACGGUGGAGCUGAGCCUGGCGUCCCUGACCGCGAUCUCCGCACACACCGGGACGAGCCGCGCCGAGCUCAGCGAGCGUCUGACCAAGCAGAGCUGGAGCCAGCAGGACAGACAGGCCAUCCUGUCAUGUUUGGCUCAGCUCCUGAUCGAGAAGGAGUACACGCUCCUGGUCGCCCGGCACCUUCGCCCUCUCGUGCUCGACCUGCUGGAGAGGAACGCCGAUCGAAUCAAGAAUGACGUCCGCCUCAACCACGACCUCCACGAGAGGCUGUGUGUGGCGCUCAGCAAGCUCCUCAGCGUCAGCCCUGAUGCUCAGGCGUUUGCGGCGAGAUACUUCACCAGCGCGCCGCCUGUCUUUCAGAGACUCUUUUUUACUAGUGAAGAGGCCGCCUCUAUACAGUACGGCCCCAGGCGCAUGAAGCUGCGCGACCUGAUGGGGGCCACGCUGCGCUUCCUUCAGAGCGACUGCGAAAAGUUCCGUGUGCUCUGGGACUGGAGCGUCUGCAUCUCCCAGCUGCUCACGAGUGACGUCUUGGUCCGAGGUUACACAGCGCAGUGCCUCGCCUUGGUGUCCCACAUGACCGACAACCAGAAAACCAUCUUCCUGAGGAAGGUUCUCUCCAGUGAUGAGAUUCUACAUCUAAAAAUGAAGUCACUAGAGGAGACUCAGCAGCUGGAGAUUGAACGAGCACUGGUUUUAGCCAAUCAGGGCUCGGUGAUGUGGCGAGUAGAAAUGGAAAAUAAUCUCAACAAGGGUUGGAUAGGAGCAGAAGAUCUCUCGCCGUGCAUCACCGCAGUGUGUGGUGUAAUCUUGCCCAGGCUGACGUCUCGGCAGGAAGAACAGACGUCCUUAAGAACGCUGGUGCUGGUCGACUCGACGUGUCGAAACCUAAGGAGGCUCGCCAUGGCCGUGGCGUCCCAGAAGCCCGUUCUUCUUGAAGGUCCCAUCGGAUGCGGGAAAACCGCUCUGGUCGAGUAUUUAGCGACUGCUACAGGGCACGUUAAAUCCCCCAGCAUCCUCAAGGUUCAACUGGGAGAUCAGACCGACAGCAAGAUGUUGCUCGGGAUGUACAGAUGCACGGACGUCCCAGGCAAGUUUGUGUGGCAGCCCGGGUCGCUCACUCAGGCCGUCUCCAAGGGGUACUGGAUCCUCCUGGAGGACAUCGACCACGCACCGCUGGAUGUGAUAUCCGUGCUGCUGCCGCUGAUGGAGAACAAGAAGCUGACCAUUCCAGGUCGAGAGGACUGCAUUCAGGUUGCCCCUGGCUUCCAGUUCUUUGCUACGAGACGGAUGUUCCACAGCGGCGGAGUGUGGCACCGGCCUCAGAGCACACACGCGGCUUUACUGGACAAGUACUGGAACAAGCUUCAGAUCGGGAAUAUGACCAGAGAGGAGCUCAAACAGGUUGUGCUAAAUAAGUACCCUAACUUAUCCAUGGUGUUGGAUCGGUUACUGGACAUUUAUUGCCAGCUGACCGGAGACAGACACCAAGCCGCCGUCCCCGUCUCCUGCCCACAGAACCCAGGCGAGGACCGGACCGCGCCGCUGGAAGGCAGAGAACUCUGUAUGAGGGAUUUGCUGAAGUGGUGUGAGAGAAUAUGCGUGAACUUCGACAGCUCCUCCCCAAAUACGGCGCAGAACGUCUUCCUGGAGGCUCUGGACUGCUUCACCGCCAUGCUGUCGAAAGCAGAGAGCCGACUAAAGCUAGCCGAGAUCAUCGGCACCAGGCUCAACAUCUCCAAAGAGAAGGCUCAGCAUUUCUGUCAGAUGUACCAGCCUGCCAUCAGUAUCACCGAGCUGGAGGUGACUGUAGGACGCUCCAUGUUGCUGCGGAAACAGAGCGACGCCGUGCGCCUCCAUGUAGAUAAGCAAACGUUUGCUGCCACGCGUCCCUCCUCGGUGCUCCUGGAACAGCUGGCCGUGUGCGUCACGAAAGGUGAACCCGUGUUGCUGGUCGGAGAAACGGGCACGGGGAAGACCUCCACCGUGCAGUACCUUGCUGGAUUAACAGGACACAAGCUGCGUGUGAUCAACAUGAACCAGCAGAGUGACACUGCGGAUCUCCUAGGAGGGUACAAACCUGUGGAUCAUAAGCUCAUCCUGUUGCCCCUGCGCGAGGCGUUCGAGGAUUUGUUCUCUCAGACGUACUCACGCAAGCAGAACCUCACCUUCCUGGGUCACGUGCAGACCUGCUUCCGAGGCAAACGCUGGCAGGACCUCCUCAAGCUCAUGGACCACGUCUGCAAGUCGGCUCUCACCAAGGAGCUGCAGGACAAGCCCAAUGCUUCGAUGCUGCAGCAGCAGUGGGAGGCACUCGCUCUGAGACUCAGUCAGACUCAGGAGCAGAUCCGAGCUCGGGAAUCGGCGCUGGUAUUCGCCUUCGUCGAGGGUACGCUGGCGCAGGCGGUCAAAAAGGGAGAGUGGAUCCUGCUCGACGAGAUCAACCUGGCUGCAGCCGAGACCCUGGAGUGUCUGAGCGGGCUGCUGGAGGGAAGCGCCGGCUCUCUGGUGCUGCUCGACCGAGGAGAUACGGAACCCCUAGUGCGCAACUCGGACUUCCGCCUGUUCGCCUGCAUGAACCCGGCCACCGACGUAGGCAAGAGAAACCUGCCCCUGGGAAUCCGCAACCGGUUUACCGAGCUGUACGUGGAGGAGCUGGAGAGCGAGGGCGACUUGCGCAUCCUUGUCUCGGAUUAUCUCAAAGGCCUCAACUUGAACAGGAGCACCUUACAUGGAAUCAUCAGCUUUUAUCUGGCCAUUCGUAAGGAGGCGAAGUCACGUUUAGUUGACGGCACGGGCCACAAGCCUCACUACAGUUUACGCACGCUGUGCCGUGCUCUCAAGUACGCCGCCGCUAACCCCUGCUACAGCGUCCAGCGCUCCCUCUAUGAGGGUUUUUGUUUGAGCUUUCUAACACAGCUGGACCGCAGUUCUCAUCCCGUGGUGGAGAAAUUGGUGCAGCAGUACAUUUUGGGUGGAAACAUCAAGUGUCUCAAACAGCCAAUCCCUGAGCCCCGUGCCCAUGGUUGUCUGCAGAUAGAAGGCUACUGGUUGAGUCAGGGUGACAUGGACCCAGCACUAGACCCAAGCUACAUCCUCACUCCCUCUGUGCGCCUUAACCUGCGAGAUCUGGCUCGUGUGGUGGCUGCUGGCAUCCACCCAGUGCUGAUCCAAGGUGAAACAUCGGUCGGAAAAACCAGCCUGGUCAGAUGGCUAGCGGGCGCCACGGGGAACCAGUGCGUGAGGAUCAAUAACCACGAGCACACGGACAUCCAGGAGUACAUCGGCUGUUACUCGUCCGACGAGCAUGGGAAGCUCGUCUUCAAAGAAGGCGUCCUGAUUGAUGCCAUGCGCAAAGGCUAUUGGAUAAUCCUGGACGAGCUGAACCUUGCCCCCACCGACGUCCUUGAGGCCUUGAACAGGCUGCUGGAUGAUAACAGGGAGCUCUUCAUCGCCGAGACACAGGAAGUAGUAAAAGCCCAUCCGAGAUUCAUGCUCUUUGCUACCCAGAAUCCCCCUGGUCUCUACGGUGGCAGAAAGGUCUUGUCCAGGGCGUUCAGGAAUCGCUUCGUAGAGCUGCAUUUUGACGAGCUGCCCAGUAAAGAGCUGGAGACCAUUCUUCACCAGCGCUGCAGCCUUCCUCCAUCGUACUGCACCAAACUGGUCAAAGUCAUGCAGAACCUUCAGUCCUUGCGGCGUGGAUCCAGCGUGUUCGCCGGGAAGCGUGGUUACAUCACCCUCAGAGAUCUGUUCCGAUGGGCCGAGCGCUACAGACUGCAGGAACAGAACGACUCGUCACGCGACUGGCUGCAGCAUCUGGCCGACGACGGGUACAUGCUGCUGGCGGGCCGCGUCCGUAAACCAGAGGAGGCUUUAACCAUCCAGAACAUCCUGGAGAAGCACUUUAAGAGGACAGUUAACCCGGAUGCGCUGUUCUCUGAGGCUCAGGUCACCACCCAGUUUAAUCCGUCCGUGGCUUGCAUUGCUGGCAUGCCGGAGGAGUUCGGUCACGUGGUUUGGACCGAAGGCAUGAGGAGACUCGCCGUGCUGGUGGGUCGCGCCCUCCGUUUCGGAGAGUCCGUCCUGCUGGUGGGAGACACUGGAUGUGGUAAGACCACAAUAUGCCAGCUGUUCGCCGCUCUGGCCAGACAGAAGUUUUUCGCUGUGAACUGCCACCUGCACAUGGAGACGUCCGAUUUCCUGGGCGGUUUGCGGCCGGUCCGACACACAGGAACUGGCCAGUCGGAUGCUGAAGACGGGCGUUUGUUCGAGUGGCGCGACGGUCCCCUGGUGCUUGCGAUGAAACAGGACGGAGUGUUUUUGAUGGACGAGAUCUCGCUGGCUGAUGACUCUGUGUUGGAGAGACUCAACAGCGUCCUGGAAACGGAGAAGUCUCUGGUCCUGGCAGAGAAAGGCAGCGGCGACGACGACGACGUCGAGCUCAUCAUCGCCGGGAAGAAAUUCCGACUGGUUGCCACUAUGAAUCCCGGUGGAGACUUUGGCAAAAAAGAGCUGUCUCCAGCGUUGAGGAACAGGUUCACGGAGAUCUGGUGUCCGCAGUCUAACAGCCGCGGUGAUUUGAUCCAGAUCGUUCAGCACAACUUGCGAGCAGGUCUCUCCUUAGACCAGCACGAUCACCAAGGUAAGGACGUGGCCGAGCUCAUGUUGGACUUUAUCGACUGGCUGACCAAUCAGGAGUUUGGAAGGCGAUGCAUCCUAAGCGUAAGGGACAUCCUGUCAUGGGUGGACUUCAUGAAUGCCGUGUGUGAGAAGGAUGAGGACCGGAACGAGAGCAACUUCUUGGGUUUGGAGGAGACGGAGGAGCCGGAGUGGGACCAGAGGCUGGACACGGUCACCGCCUUCAUCCACGCUGCCUGCCUCGUUUACAUCGAUGGCAUCGGAUCAGGGACGACGGUAUCGGCGGCGGAGAAUGUAGCGACGGCGAGAAAGACAUGUCUGCAUUUUCUGGAGAGGAAGCUACGGCGGAUCACUAAGCUGGACGAUAAAAUGCAGGAGGCUCUGAGGGUUUACGACACCGGUUUGCUCAGAGAGCCGCGCUGGGGCGACGACUUCUUCGGCAUCGAGCCUUUCUACAUCCUCGCUGAUCCUGAGAGUGAAAGCCGCAGUGUGUCGGACUACGCCCUGGGUGCAGGCACGACCGCCGUCAACACCAUGAGGAUCCUACGGGCGCUGAAACUCCAGAGACCCAUCCUGCUGGAGGGGUCGCCCGGCGUGGGCAAGACCAGCCUGGUGGCCGCGCUCGCCAAGGCAUCCGGGAACCAGCUCGUCCGGAUCAACCUCUCCGAGCAGACGGAUGUUACAGACCUGUUUGGAACAGACCUUCCAGUGGAGGGCGGUAAAGGAGGAGAGUUUGCGUGGCGUGACGGUCCUCUCCUGGCCGCUCUAAAGGCUGGACACUGGAUCGUGCUAGAUGAGCUGAACUUGGCCUCUCAGUCGGUGUUGGAGGGUCUGAACGCCUGCUUUGACCACCGAGCAGAAAUCUACAUCCCGGAACUGAGCAUGCGUUUCCAAGUCCAGCACGAGAAGACCAAGAUCUUCGGCUGCCAGAACCCCUUCACGCAAGGAGGAGGUCGCAAAGGCCUGCCCAAGUCCUUCCUCAACAGGUUCACUCAGGUUUACGUGGACCAGCUCACCUUCGAGGAUAUGCAGUUCAUCGGUAACUCCAUAUUCCCGAACAUAAGCGAGCAGAUCAUCUCGAAAAUGGUUCAGUUCAGCAACAAGCUUGUGGCUGAGGUUACAUUAGAGAGAAAAUGGGGUCAGAAGGGAGGACCGUGGGAGUUCAACUUGCGAGAUCUCUUCCGCUGGUGUCAGCUGAUGCAAGCCGACCAAUCGCCAGCCUUCUAUAACCCGGGCCAGCACGUGGGACUGGUGUACGCGGACCGGAUGAGGACGGAGGCGGAUAAGGCUCAGGUGCUGUCCGUAUUCAGGAAGGUGUUUGCUGAAGAUUUCGAGCCUUACUCGGGCUCCAGGCAGUUCCACAUCACUCCUCUGAACCUUCAGGUGGGAUCGUCAGUCCUCCAGCGCAGCGGCGGAGCGCCCGUCGUCAUGGAUCCCCCUCUGUCGAUUACCCAUCAAGCCCUGCGGCCGCUGGAGUCCUUGAUGAAAUGCGUGAAGAUGGGCUGGAUGUCCAUACUGGUGGGCCCGAGCGCCAGUGGAAAGAGCAGUCUGGUGCACCUGCUGGCCUUGUUGACCGGACACAGGCUGAGAGUGAUGGCUAUGAACAGCGCCAUGGACACCACCGAACUGCUGGGCGGGUUUGAACAGGUGGACAUCAUCCGGCCUUGGCAGCAGGUCCUGGAGAGCAUGGACUACGUGGUUGCCAUGGUGACGCGGCGCGGGUUGAUGUCCCUGGACGGAGCGGUUCAGGACACCGAGUUCCUUUUGACCACGUGGAGCACGUUCCGGCGCUGGCUGAGGGACGAGGGACUCGACACGGCUGACGGCACCGUGACGUUUGAGGCCCUGAACAAGCUGGAGGUCAUCAUCGUGCUGCUGCACAAACUCAACACCAAGCUCAAGGUGUUCACAGAUAUGUCGAAGCUCCAGAUGGACUUCACCCUGCUGAAGGAGCGCUUGGCGCAGAUGGAGGACGGCUGGAGUCACGGCGGGUUUGAAUGGCUGGACGGCACCUUAGUCCAGGCUCUGCAGGCUGGAGACUGGCUCCUCAUGGACAACGUCAACUUCUGCAGCCCGUCUGUGCUGGAUCGGCUGAAUGCGCUCCUGGAGCCGGGCGGGUCUUUGACCAUUAAUGAGCGUGGGGUCAUAGACGGCACGACGCCCAGCAUCACUCCCCACCCUAACUUCAGGCUGUUUCUCACCAUGGACCCUGCACACGGAGAGAUUUCCCGCGCUAUGAGGAACCGCGGUGUGGAGAUCUACAUCCCAGGAGAGAACGAGGGAGCGUGUUGGGACUCUCUGGACCUGAAGACCGUCUUACACACUCUGGGGGUGACCGGCGACUGCGUGUGCGACCUGCUGACGACCAUCCACUCCGAGAUCAAGGCGGCUAUCUGGGACUCGCCGGCGUCUUCUGUGUCGUCUCUGCUGCACGUGGCUGCGCUGCUGUCCAGUCAGCUGCAGAGAGGGGUAGAUCUGCCCAGCGCGCUGCUGCAGGCAUGUGGGGAAGCGUACGCCCUCUGUCAGCGCACCACCUCCAACCAGAAGCUGGCUCAGGAGCUCAUAGAAAGGCAGUUGGCGGUGUUGGACUCUGAAGAAUGGGGCAGUGGGCUGUUGUGCGCCGGCGUGUGGCCGGAUCGAGUCCCUUCUGCCUUGCAGUCCACAGAAGACUCGUGCUUUUCCAGCGUCCAGAGGGACGGCCAGGUUCUGCUCUACUGUCUGAACACGCUCAGUCUGCACAGCAAGAGGAGUCGCCCGCUGAGCCUGACCGACCUCCAGAGGGCGAUGCAGAGCGGUGCGGCGCUGGAAACCCUACAGUUUUCUCCAGAAAGCAGGCCGUGUAACGGGAUCAGUGACGCCCAGCAGCUCCUUCCCACGGCGGUGCGGAUCCUGACCGAGAGAGCCUCCCACAGUGACUGGGUGCUGCGUACCAGCUGGCUCUCACACCUCGCAAAAACCUACAAACACGUCCCAGAAGCAGCUUUGAUCCAGCUGGAGGCAGAAAAUCAGGCUCUCAAAGCCGUCUUCAACAGCAAGCUGGUGGGCAAGGGCAAAUACCUGACUGAGCAUCUUCAACCCCACAGCACAGACGACUACCGGAUCCUGGUAGACAUGCGCUGGAACAAACAGUACCUGGACAUUUUGGCUAACACCUGUAACUUCGAGGACGAAGAGCGGUGUAUGGAGUUUAUGGAGGCUCUCUACGCCGUCGCCAACAGAAUCAUCAUACUUAUGGACCGCGAGGAGAGAGCAGCUGUAUGUAGCAGCACAGGAAAUACAUCACCUAGUAACAGUGCACUGAGACUGGCCACGGGCUUUUCUAAAGGAACGGUAGAUAUUGCGCAGCUGCCGCAUCCAGUCCUGGUUCACCUGCGCUCUUUCUUCGACCUGUGGGACUCCUUUGUGCUGCAGGCCGUGCAGGUGGAUCAGCCGAACAUCUCGGACCACCUCAUGUUCGAGAUUCUGCAGCUGCUCCGGUGGCGAGACCAUUUCUGGAAUGUGUGCAACUCUGUGCCAGCGGACUCCCGCGGAGUGUGUGUGCUCUCCCUGCACUGGCAGUGGGUUCACAAGCACCUCGUGCUACGCCUGCCGCAGCUCCUGAUGGGAGACGGAGACUACGAAGGACAGCAGGAGCUGCACACCAUCUCCUCAGCGAUUCAGAACACACUCUCCAGCUCGGUGUCUGUCGCUCUGGCGCUAAAGAGCAUUCAGAAAACCCUCGGAAAGCCCCUUCCAUUUAAGUCGGAGGGCGUGACCGAAUGCUCCGCUCAGCUCCGCCUCUUCAGCAAGACUCUCGACGUCAGGGACUUGCGUCUGAAUGACAGAACGACGUCGCUGUGGAAACGAGAAGUGACCCGCCUCCGGGGUGUUGCCAUGAGGACCGACUGCAAGGAAGCCCUGCUGGAAGCGUGGGGUCUGGUCCUGCAGGCUAACCUUGUCCUCGAUCCGCAGAGUACCGGUGUGCUGGAGAGACUACGUCUCAAUGUGGACCAGCUGCGGGGACACAUGGCCUCCUGUGGCCUGCUAGAUUCACUGUCUGAAGCUGAGGACGAGACAGGAGACGCUGCAGGUCCAGAUCGUGAGCUGGUACUUCGACUGGCUCGCAGGGCUCAGCUCUGGCCUGUCCUGGAGAAACUCGCCAUCCUCAACCAGAUGAAAGUGACUGCGGAUCUGCUGCAGCAGUCCAUCACACACAGAGGAAGCAAAAAUGAGGAGGAAGAUCUCCGAGGAUCUUUAUCCAACCACCUGCGCUUCUGCAUACAGUCCACACCGACGAGCGUCCGUCUGCUACAGCCGCUCUGGUUCCUCCACAGAACAGAACGACCUGUAGAUGAGCUGCCGUUAGUGUGGUGUGAGCUGCUUUCUGAGACUCUGGCAGCGCUCUGGAGUGGCAGCGUGACCUCGGAUCCUGAUCGCUGGCUGAAAUGGAGCCCUCUGAGUGAAGACGAAGAAGAGUCAACGAAGAGCUUUCGAUCGCUGCUCGGGCCUUCUGAUACGGGUCCGGGGAUGCUGAGCCGAGCUGUGUGGUCGCGGUGCGUGCUGGGAGUUUUAAGCAGCAGUGAAGCAGGCGGUCACUGGGACCCAUCAGGCACCUCCUUCCUGACCUCAUCAAGGGUGACGCUGGGCGAGUGGAGAGAGAGGAUCGGACAACUCCAGGACCUCAGUGCCGUGCUAUGGGACAACCUGGCCAUGAGUGAAAUUGCUGACUUCAGAUUAACCGACCGCAGGUUGCAGGGUCUGGUGUUGUGCCGGCAGCUGCACGCGCUUUCAGACCUCCUGUCUCCAGGGUUUCAGGAAAGCUACGCGGAAUCCUGCGACGCUCUCGUUCAAGGCGACGACCCCGUUCGAGCUGCGCAGGACGUUCAGAUCGCCCUGAGAGACGGCUUGCCUGAGAAUCUCCUUCCAGAAGGCUUCCUGGACACCUUGGUGACUUGCCUAACUCAGUUCUCCCAUAACCGGGCGUGUGACGCGGUCCAGCUGGUGCGGUCCGGGGUGUUCUGGGUGAACAUGGGCCUGCUGCAGAUCCAAGUCUGGGUUCCGCAGACGAUAUUUGACCCGGCAGUGAAGAGGGCGUACAAACUCAAAUACGCGCAGGACGAGCUUGCCUUGCUUCAAGAUGAAUGGAAUGGGCGGAGUCUGUCCUCUCAGCUUCUCACAGGAGUGCAGCUGGAAGAGAGCAGCACCACCGAUGCUUUCCAACACCCCCGAAUCAGGUACCUGUGGAUUCGCAUGCAGCAGGUUAAAGAACAGAUCUUCGAGCUUGGGCGCAAACAGGCAUGUCGCCCCGCCGAGCCACAGUACGGACGCCUGUACCAGGAGCUCCAGCACUACCUGUGCAGCAUCGGCCAGCCGGCAGCGGUAGGCGACCUCUUGUCGCACCUUGUCAAGGCUCAGCAGGGCUCCGGCCCGAAAUCCCGUCCGGGUGUCCAGGGCCUGUUGAAAGAAGAGGCCGUGUGGCAGGCAUCGCAGCAGCGCUUUGCCCAGCGCCUGGUUGACGAGUACCCUCUGUACCCAGACGUCGUGGUGCCCCUGCGCUCAGCUAUUCUGCAGCUGCAGCACGGUAUGCGUCUGCUGGCCGCGCAGGUGGCGUCUGCACUGACCGAACUCCCAGGUCUUCCGCGCCUCAUUUCUAUGCUGCUGGCUUUUCCCGCGCCACCACUGACCUCCGACCUAGACCGUGCCCAGUACCUGUGCUCUCGGACAUGUGUGGACACUCUCAGAGGAUUGGACAAGCUGCUUCCUGAUGCCGAGGUGCAGCGCGUGGUCCCGAAGCCUGUCAUGUUGCUGCUCAGCGCUCUGUUGUGUCUACAGAGUCAUGCCAUAAGCGCGGGAGAGCUCGGGACAGAGGCGCAGAAUCUACUCAGACACGUCUGCCAGGCAUUGGUGAACGAGUGGGAUGAGCAGGAGAGGAGGGCGAGGGAGAAAGAGCAGAUGGAGGCCAGUUUGUACCGCAACCGCUCCAAAGUACACGGAGGAGGCCUGAGUGAGGACCAGCAGGAGGAGCGCGAUUUCAGACGCUGCUUCCCGACAUACCACAAAGAUUUUGCCGACAUAACCGAAGAACCCAGUCUGGAGCAGCCAAUCAUUAUCGAGGACGAUGAAGAAUGUGACGGAGAGACCGAGACCUGUGACAACAGUGUCUUACAGGCGUCCAGCUGCCAGAACACCAUUGUUCAGGUGCAUCAGAAGCUGUGCCUGGCCUUCGCUCGGUCGCUGUGGUACCGGUCAAAUCCGCCGAUCAACCGGAGCAAAGAACACCUCAGCACUUUGGUCACGUCUUACCAGAUCACUGCACCUCUAAUCGCACGUUUCUAUCAUCUCAUGGACUGUGAAAUGGACCCUGAGCUGACGGGCUCUCAGCUGCUGCUCGGCUCUGUGCUACAGAACACGGUUCGGGGCUCCACCGGUCCAGCAGGUCUCGUCCUCCAGAGCGAAGGACCGUACGACUUCUACCAAGAGCCCAACAUGUGUCAGGCCCGGCUGUGCCUUCCCGCCAUCGAGCAGCUGGGCCACGCCGUCCGCCGGCAUCUUGACGACUGGCCCGAUCACCCGGCGCUGGUGCAGAUUACUGUAGUGAUUGAGAGGAUAUUGGCGUUCAGUCUGUCCAGCCCACUGGCCAAGUUUCUUAAUGGAUUGGAGAUCCUGCUCAGCAAAUCACAGGACUGGGAAAAUCACGCCAGUCGCUCCGUGUCUCUGAGGAGCGAACUGGAGCCGAUCACACAGCUCAUUAUCCAGUGGAGGAAACUCGAGCUUAAUUGCUGGUCGAGCAGUCUGGAUAACGCUCAGAGGCGGCACGCGGAGAAGUCCAACAAGCACUGGUUCUCCAUCUACCAGCUGAUCGAGAGACACCUACAGGACAAAAGGAUCGACGUAAAAGCUGAUAUCGAGGAGUUGCACUUGCCUCCGGUUUCCUCCACACUGCAGGCCUUCAUGGAGGGAUCCACACUGGGAGAAUUUCACACACGCCUGACCAUGCUGCUCGCUUUCCACUGCCACGCGCUUUUGGCCCCCGAACAAGAAGGACGCGCCUCACUGUGUAGUUUGCUGUGGAACCUACACAAGUACUACUCACAGUUCUCUGACAGCAUCCAGGCCAGAGUCACGCAGCUGAGAGCGCCUAUCGAAAAAGAGCUGAAGGACUUUGUGAAGAUCUCCAAGUGGAAUGAUGUCAGUUUCUGGGCUAUUAAACAGUCUGUGGAGAAAACACACAGGACUUUGUUCAAGUUCGUGAGGAAGUUCGAGGCGGUCUUGGCCGAGCCGUGCGCUCCCUGGCUGGUGGAGCAGAAAAGCGGCGAGAUGGACAGCGUGGACGUACAAUCGGAGGACACGCCGUUGCACCAGCUCCACCGUGCGCUCAAGAGCGCCCUCCCUGGACGGGCCAGAGAUCUACAGAGCGACGGUCCUGAUGAGGCCCGGGCCGGCUUGGACCCCACAUCGCUGCAGGCCCGUCUUCCAACGCUGACGAAGAAAAUGAGGAAGAUGUGCGUGCAGCUGGUGAAAAAGACUCCCAUGCCCGAGCUGUCGGAGGACCUCGACCAGUUCACGGCGGAGAUCAUCACCAACGUUCAGGCGCUGCAGAGUCUGACGGUGGACCGGUCUCUGGAGCAGGAGAGGCAGAAAGCCGAAGCCAAACAGAUCCUGCUGCAGAAACAACGCGCUUUGGCCGACCUCUUCAAGAUGCUGGCGCAGAUCGGUCUGUCGUAUCGUAAGGGCCUGACUUGGGGUCGUACAACAGAUCCAGAAGAACCGCUGUUUUUGCAGCCUGUAGAGAUGGGAACAACACUGGCUGCACUAAGAACACAGGAACACACAGAAAACAUGUUGUUUUCUCAGAUGACUAGUGCAUGGGACGGCUGUCAGAAAUAUUUCUACCGCUCCUGGGCAAGACGUAAUGCCAUGCAGGCCGCGAUGCAGGCAGCCGUGAAGGAACUGGGUUUGGGGAACGUGGAGCGGUGCCGGGGGUUCUCCUCUCACCUGUUUAAACUGCUGCUCAGGCAAAGGCGCCGACUCGCGAAAAUAAACCAACACUUCACGGAUCUCAGGAGAUUGAUUGGCGCUGUACAGGACGUCCGGUCUCAGAUCACUUCGGGAGAGGACGAGGAGCGCUGUCUCCCGCCUCAGAGCGCACUAACGGGCUGGGUGACGAAGGCGCAGACGCUGGCGCAGCAGUGCUGCGUGGCCCUGCAGCAGUUCUCCUGGGUGCUCCAGUGCUGUCCGGAGGCGUCGCCUGGGACGCCGAGUCCGUCUGGGGAGGGCGAGGCCACGCUGAGCCACCCUACACCCCUGUCGGCUCACCUCCAACCUCGGGCGUGUCUGAUGAGGCGGGGCGAGGCGAGCUGGACGGAGGCCAUGAGGAGCGUGGAGGCUUUGCAGAGCGAGAGUGUGCGGCUGAAGGACAAACUGAACGCCCUGGGGCAGGAAUCCACACUCGGUGCCAUCCAAACCAGGAGGCACUUGGAGGAGUGCUGCUCGUGCGUGCACGGUCUGGGGACGCUAGCGAACCAGGCGGUGUCCCUCGGGCGCCUGUUUGAUGUCGACGCGCCUCAGUCGCGGUCAUGUCUGACUCGAGGCCUGCACGCCGUCACGGUGGAGGUGGACACGUGCGUCACCGAGUUCACCACCUGGAAAUCCCAACUGCCGCCACUCAGGACGUCAUCCAAACGUUCUACGACAUCGUUCCGGGCCGAGUUCUCUGAGCAGCUGGAGGGAGCCAUCAGUACGGUUCUGUGUGCCGUGCAGAGUCUGGUGAAGAGGCGGGAGCGAGAGAGGAAGGAAGAGCGUCCGGAGGAGAGCAGGAAAGAGAGCGACUCCGAGGUGGCCGAGGAGCUCCUGAAGCCCGGACACAUGAGCCGACUACUGGAGGAGGACCUGAGUGAGGACGUGUCGUGUCUCUCCCUGGCGGAGGUCAUCGGGGUCGUGGAGAGGCUGCUGGAGAGGCUGCGCUCCUACAGAGACACGUGUAAAGCACGGCACUUGGGGGAGCUGAGGGACGCCUGCCAGGACCUGGUUCGCCUGGAGCCCAUGCUGUGUGUGUACGCGGAGCUGGUGCGCUGGUACGUCGCAGUGUGUAUGGGCGCUCACCGCAGCACGGGCAAACUGCUGUCUGUCCUCGUCAGCAUCUUCACCGAGCUCGCUCAGAAGGGAUUUUGUUUGCCGCAGGAGUUGAUGAGUGGAGGUGAUGGAGAAGGAGCCACACAGUUCCAUGACUACGAGGGCGGGGGGAUCGGAGAAGGAGAGGGCGUCAAAGAUGUCAGUGACAAGAUCGAAAACGAAGAUCAGGUCGAGGACACGUUUCGGGAAGGACAAGAAAAGAGCGAAGAGGAGCCGGACAAGCAAGAUAUUAAGGAAGAAGACGAUGCCAUCGAGAUGUCCGAGGACUUCGAUGGAAAGAUGCACGACGGGGAGACGCGAGAGUCGGGUGAUGAAGACAACUCUGAUAAAGAGGAGGACGAGGAGCUGGAUAAGAAGAUGGGAGACCUGGGAGACGGACCAACUGACACCCUGGAUGAAAGAAUGUGGGGUGAUGAUGAAGAUGAUGAUGAUGAUCAGGAUGCCAGUGACAAGGAGGAUGAGUCCGGGCCUGGAAUGGACCAGGGAGAGUCCGAGUUAGUCGCCAAAGAUGACAACACGGAAGCCGGGGAGUCGAAUAAAGACAAGAAAAACAAGGACGAAGACACUCCAAUGGACAAUAAAGAUGAGAAGGAGAAAAUCCACGAGCAGGUUGAUGAGCGCGAGUUUGACGAGAACGAGGUGGACCCCUAUCACGGUAAGCAGGAGCAGAAAACCGAGACGGAGGCCAUGGAUCUCCCGGAGGAGCUCAACCUUGACCAGGAUGAACAGGGAGGACAGGACGAGGAGGGAGAGGACGAAGGAGACGCUGAGAACCCGUACGACAUCGAGGACAAACCCAUGGAGGUGGACGCGGCUGAAGGAGAGCAGGAAGGAGAAGAAGAAACGGAGAAAGGUGAAGAGAUGAUGGGAGACCAGCAGGACGCUCAGGGUGAAGAGGAACAAAAAGGAGACGAAGAGGUGGAAGGAGCAGACGGAGACGAAGGUAAAGACUCUGAGACGGACGAGAGAGGAGAAAAUGAAGAAGGAGACGGAGAUGAAGAAGAGAAGGAGAAUGGACAUGAAGAGGGCAAAGAGGAGGACAAGGCCGUUCCUGCCGAUCAGGGCGAGAAACCAAAGAACGAGGACAGUGAUGCAGAGGAAGACGACAACCAAGUGGAGUCUGCCGAGAGGAAGGAGCACGCCACGGACGGGCAGACGGGCGAAGAAAACGUCCAGAGCGACACGGCAGUGGAACUGGCAGGAGCCGCGUCCGAAAGAGACCAGGCCAAAGAGGAACACGGGGCCGGAUCGGCUGACGCCAGUCAGGCAGAGGGACACGACUCCACGCUGAUGGCCAGGAUGAGUUCUCAGAGGCAGAGACAGAAACAGACACAGAGUUUUAAGCGGAAGCCGGGCCGGGCGGAUAACGAGCGUUCUUUGGGCGACGCCAAUGAGCGCGUGCACAAGCGCCUGCGUACGGUGGAGAGCACCGAGCGGAGAAAGCAGGAACACCCCCCCGGCGACACCCAGCAGGAGUCUGACAUGUACGAGCACGUCAGACACGGCGAGGACGAGUACGACACGCAGACAUACGACACAGCCAGCACAGAGCAACAGAAACCGACGUCUAUGAAGCAUGACGGUGAUGAUGAUGAUGAAGAUGGUGAUGUUGCCAUGGAGACCGAUGAGGAGAAAGAGAUGCAGGCAGUGGAUGCUCCGGAGCUUAAGCCGGAGAAGAUGGACAGCUCUAGAUCCUCUCAGAGAGGUAUGGAAAGUGGAGACACCCAGAAGGGUGACGAUAAGGAAGAAGAAGAUGAGGAGAAACCAGAGACCGAGACGAGUCGCGACGAAGAGGAGACGAGGGAGAGGAGCCGAGAGUCCACGAUACACACCGUGCCGGAGUUACUGACGGAAAUCCUCAAGCUCCAGGUGAAAGAUCCAGAUCUGCUGAGAAGAGAUUUAGAGCUGCAGUUGGAAGCGUGGCACAAUCAGCCUCUGGGAUCUCUGGAAGAGGAGAGUGCGGCGACAGCCAUGUGGCAGCAGUACCAAGCGCUCACCUCGCCUCUGUCGCAGCAGCUGUGUGAGCAGCUCCGCCUCAUCCUGGAGCCCACGCAGGCGUCCAAGCUCAAGGGCGAUUACCGCACGGGAAAACGGUUAAACAUGCGUAAGGUCAUCCCCUACAUCGCCAGCCAGUUCCGGAAAGACAAGAUCUGGUUGAGGAGGACCAAGCCCAGCAAGAGAGAUUAUCAGAUCUGUCUCGCUGUGGACGACUCGUCCAGCAUGGUGGACAACCACUCCAAACAGCUGGCGUUCGAGUCCGUGUCCGUGAUCGUGAACGCUCUGUCCCUGCUGGAGGUGGGACAGGUGGCAGUGUGCAGCUUCGGUGAGAGCGUGCAGCUGCUCCACCCGUUCCAGCAGCAGUUUAACGACCAAUCAGGAGCCCGAAUCCUGCGGCUCUGCCAGUUCCAGCAGAAGAAGACGAGGAUCGCUCAAUUUUUGGAGACUUCCGCCAACAUGUUUGUAGCAGCCAAACAUCAAAAUCCAGGCGCUGCGAACACGGAGACGGCGCAGUUGUUGCUGAUCGUGUCUGACGGCAGGGGCUUGUUUCUGGAGGGGAAGGAGAGAGUCACGGCGGCGGUUCAGGCCGCUCGCAGUGUCAACGUCUUCGUCAUAUUCGUAGUGCUGGACAACCCCAACUCCAGAGACUCCAUAUUGGACAUCAAAGUGCCCAUCUUUAAAGGACCGGGCGAGCUCCCAGAGAUCCGCUCCUACAUGGACGAGUUCCCGUUUCCGUUUUAUGUGAUCCUGCGCGACGUUAAUGCCCUGCCCGAGACGCUGAGUGACGCUCUGAGGCAGUGGUUCGAGCUCGUCACUGCCAGCGACCGGUAACAGAGUGCCAGGAAGCCACAACUGCACAAAUCCUCGUAGUGCUGCUAGCCUCCCGGAUACGGAGACACACAGAAGGACACACACAUACACAUACUUACACACACGGAACGCCGGACCGGCUGCUGUACAUGUGCCUUUUCUUUAGUUUUGGGUCUCAUUUUAUUAAAUUGUAGUUUGAUAGGAAUUGCUGCUGUUGGUGUUCUUCAAUAGGAAGCUGAAGAGCUUUGGAGUCAAACAGUAUUUUUAUUCUCACACUUCACUUGGAUUCUUCAAUUUUGAGCAAAACUUAAAUUAAAUUUUCAACAUAACGAGAGAGAACAUGAGAUGUUUUUAGGCUCAUACAUCCUUGUACACAUCCGUUUUUUAAACACGACUGUGAAUAGGGACGGUAUUAAGAAGAAGAAAAAACACAGAAGUGCAUGUUGGACUUUUUUGUUUUUUUUAUGGUCAUGAUGCGUUUGCAGAAAUCCAGCGGUGGAAACGUGCCUUUUGUAGAAGCCCACUCCCAUGUCUGGACAGAAAAUCGUCUCUCGUGCUGACUUUGUAGGAUUCUGGCUGCCAUUUCUGUCCAUCAUGUGCCACAUGUCCAUACGGUACACGCUAACCUGAACUACGUGCGUAGACCAUCACUGUCUCUCUCUCUCUCACUGUCUCUCUCACACUCUUACUCACUAACUAGACUGAAUACAAAUCCAUGACAGCAUUGUCCAUACUUUUCAGGACUUCCGUUUCGGUUUACUAUGUGAAUUCUGCAUUCGAACUUGUAAAAAUCAAUAAAAAAAAUCCUUCAAAUUGACAA